UAUUGAGUUUAGCGCGCGAGACUGCUCAAGGAAGUCUACAGAACGACGUGCGGCUGUUGUCUCUGUUCCACAGUGUUUGACAUUUUUGACAUUUGACUUAAUUUAGUUAAUUAAACGUUGCCAGCAUGUGGAAUCAAGGAGGGUCCAACAAUGACUCAAGUACAGUUGGAGGUUACACUCAGUCUCCAGGAGGCUUUGCAUCACCUGCUGCUUCCCAAGGAGGAGAGAAGAAAGGGAGAACUCGUGCCACACAGAUAAUCCCCUGCAACGUGUCUCAGCUGAUGUCGGCCUCUCAGGCUGAAGAGUCCUUCAAAGUGGGCGAUGUGGAAGUGACCCAGGUUACCAUUGUGGGUAUCAUCAGGAGCACAGACAAAUCCAUGACCAACAUCCAGUACAAGGUGGACGACAUGACGGGCGCUCCCAUGGAUGUGAAGCAGUGGGUCGACACAGAGGACCCCAGUGUGGACAGCACUGUUCUGCCCAGCACGUAUGUCAAAGUGUCUGGAAACCUGCGCUCCUUCCAGAAUCACAGAUCUGUCGUGGCCUUUGGCGUCAAGCCCCUGGAGGACAUGAAUGAGAUCACCUCUCAUAUGCUGGAGGUCGUUCAAGCGCACAUGAUGCUCGGCAACCCUCAGAGCCAGGUGAGCAAUCUGAAGCAUAAACCUCUGCUGUCUUUAUUCAUGGUGGAAGCAAAGCAUAGACUGCAUCAAGUAUAGACGUAGCAUCUGAUA